GAGACCAGGCUUGAUAUCUGUUCAAUUAGUCGAAACAAAUUAACAACACCUCAUGAAGUGGAUCCGGUACGAAUCUGGACCCGGUGUUCAACAUGCAACCAUACUACUAACGCAGUACCCCAAUACCCAGCAGACAGAGUUCGACCCUUGUCAUCUGAACAAGGCGUGGUCAAUGGUGGAUCCGACAUAAAUGACACUCUCUUGCGCGCUAAUUGCACAGAGUCACUACUGUCAUUCCUGGAUCAAUUCCUGGAUCAAUUCUUUCGUUAAGUGCAUCUCACACAGCCCGAACGUUUACCCAGAACAAGAACUAGCCACUCAAAUGGGGGCAAAGUGGAACAGAUCAGAACUGGAGAAGCUGCGAUCGUGGGUGGCAGAGCAUGACAAAAAGGGUACCAAAUGGUCGGAAAGAGAGAAGAGGUGGAAAAAAGAGCAGGGUACGCCAAGAUCCGCCGCGGCAAUCCGUGCGCAAUUCCUUCGUUUGAGCCAUGGUUGGAUACCCAAGUGCAUGAUCGACCAAGCGCAGUCGUCGGAAUCAUGUGAUCAGGCACCGACUCCUCCUUCUCCUCGAUUUCGGCAUAGGUGGUGGCAGCUUCGAAGAACAUGCGCCUCCUAUCCCACCCGCUUGCCUCGCAAGCAGCGUCGGUACCGGGUAAAUCUUUUCGGCAGUGUUAUCAAAUCCUUCAGAUCAACACCACGACGCAGUUCUUCGCCACCUGUAUCGACACUAAGCCGGCAUUCCACUUCCCCACGAGUCGAGCACUCCACAUCCCUUCCAGUCCAGCAUCCUGUAAAAGGCACACCAAAAGCGAUGGAGAGAGUGCUUCCACCUUAUGAUGACGUGUCCAGGUUACGGUCUUGUCUCGAAUUCUCUUCAGAUGUGGCUUACCGACUGCAUAACACAUCGGUCAAGGAGGUAGGCGCAGCAAUUCGCGGCGAACCUACCACUGGUGCUACGCUGAUGCCCGGCUUGUGA